AUGGUGCAGCUGAACAAUAUUGUGAUAAGUCAUCCACGACCCGCUUCUUAUCACUUCUUCAUGUCGCGAUCAAUAUCUAUUCUUCUACUGGCACUUUUCGUGGACGUUCAUGCUAGCGAACACAUACUACGGUUAGAAGGAUCUUCUGUAGCUCCAGAUCCUCCAGCAAACGCAGUACUUAUCUCCAUACCAGUGAAUUCGAGUGUGGUCCUAAAAUGUGAGAAAACAGCGGGUUUACCUAAAUCUCAAUGGUUACACAAUGGAAAUGAUUUGGAUUUGGAAGUUGUACGGUUGCUAGACGACGAACAUGCUUCAUUAAUUAUCGACGUGUAUUCCACAAAAUAUCAUGAUGGAGUUUACGAGUGCUAUGCGGUGAGUUAA